AAGUCGAACGUACCUCAGAUGAAUGAGGCAUAUCGUCGUCAGGAUUUUAAUCACGUCCAGUCUGGCGGUAGAAAUUAUCCAAUGGCAGGAUCUCCUGCAGGUGGCCAAAAUAAAUCGCUCCCAACCAUUGCGGCAGUCAGCGGAGACCAUUUCGCGGCUCAGCCAUUCAUGCCGUUGGAUGUUGCAUCUGUGUAUGGAGCACAGCAAAGCAGAGGUUCGUUUGUCGGCCAGCAGUCAGGACAGGGUCAAACACCACCACAGCUAUCGGAACAGCAGCAUCAGCCGCUACAGCCUCCGCAAUCCCAGCAGUUUGCUCCUAGCACCAGCUCGCAGGAACAUCCACCAAUGCAGUCCGUACCUCCUCGAUUUAUGCCUAACGCAGGCCAGUAUUCUGCUCAGUUACCGCCAGUUAGCAGUGGAGGUGGCGCCAUAGGUGCCCAGUUUUCUCGACCAUCGUAUAGCGAGCCCAUGCGUCAGCCGCCAUCCUUCUCUCAGAAUGCGCACGCUCAGCCUCCGCCAACGAUGGUAUCCAACGCCGGUGUACCACCACAGCGGCAGUUCGAUCCUUCAGGUGCCCCGGCGCAGGCUCCGCCGUUUAUCACUCCCAGCGCAGGCGGUCCGCAACGCCCGCAGUUCUUGCCCCCUGGCACAGGCGCCGGUCAACAGCUGCAGCCUCCUCCGUUCAUGUCGUCGGCAGCCAGCGGUCAGCCUCCUUCGCAGUUCUUGUCGAAUGCUGCAAAUCAACCGUCUUUUCCAUCGCAGCAACCACCCUUUGGCCCUGGUCCCGCCGCGCCACCGCAAACUUCACUGACUACGAUGGGUGGCGGGUUUCCUCCAACGGCAAUACCCCCUCCAAUGCAGCCCGGACCUGGUGGUCCAAUGGCACCCUCGGCGGCCCCCGCAUCUCGACGACUCGAUCCCAAUUUGAUGCCAAGCGCUGUUCGUAUUUUUAGCUGUGACCGUUCCAUUAUGCUCGCAACCAAGGUUAUCGAAGACGACCGCAGAGCAAGAAGCGGAAACUUUCCCACGGGCUUCCCUACCGCCGAACUGCCGCCAUUGGCCACGACGGAUUACUUCGCUGAAGAUAACGGUAAUUGCAAUCCGAAGUUCAUGCGGGCUACUUUGUACAACGUUCCGAUCAAUAGCGACUUGGUGAAACAGACAGCACUGCCCAUGGGCAUUUGCGUUUGUCCCACAGCAAGACUUUCUGACCAAGAGAAUCCAUUGCCUAUCGUUAAUUUUGGCGAUCUUGGACCUGUACGGUGUCACCGCUGUAAAGCGUACAUGUGUCCGUUCAUGGAGUUUUUCGACGGGGGCAGACAUUUCAAGUGUCCGAUUUGCACCGCCAGUACAGAAGUUCCUACCGAAUACUUCGCCCAUUUGGAUUACACAGGCCGUCGGGUCGACUACAUGGAACGACCCGAGUUGCACUUUGGGUCGUAUGAGUUCGUUGCCACAAAGGAAUACUGCAAGGAUGGCAUCUUUCCGAAGCCUCCUGCUUGUAUUUUCAUGAUCGACGUUUCAUACAACGCGGUUCAUAACGGUAUCGUUGGCUUACUAUGUCAGAACCUAAAAUCGCUGCUGAGAUCUUUGCCAAAAGAAUCAAAUAAUGAAGCAAGCAUGAUGGAAGUGGGCUUUAUCACUUACGACCACGCUCUUCACUUUUAUGAUUUAAAGAGUAACCCUGGACAGCUGAAAAUGCUGGUGGUGAACGAUGUCAGCGAAAUGUUUCUGCCGCUGGAAGAGGGUUUUCUCGUAAAACCAAGUCAAGCUGAAUCUGCGAUCGAUGCGCUUGCCGAGCACAUUUUUUCUAUGUUUGCGGACAACAAAAUUACUGAAGUUGUGUUGGGUCCUGUGGUGCAAGCGGGUGUGGAAGCGUUCAAGGCUCUUGGAAGGCCGGGAAAGGUGUUCGUGUUUCACUCGGUGUUACCAGUUUUCGAUGCUCCAGGUAAACUGAAAAACCGAGAUGAUCGAAAAUUGCUAGGUACAGAGAAAGAAAAAACGAUCCUUACCCCGCAAAGUGAGUUCUACACAAAACUGGCGCAAGACUGUGUUUCGGUCGGAUGCUGUGUCGACAUGUUUUUGUUUCCGAACUCUUACAUGGACGUGGCUACAGUCGGCAGCCUUUGCGGACUGACCGGUGGUCAGGUGUUUAAGUACCAGUACUUUCAGCCGGAAAUUGAUGGGCCUCGAUUUUUGGCCGAUUUGCGGAACGAUAUUCAAAAGCCAAUUCUCUUCGAUGCUGUAAUGCGGCUGCGAACUUCAUCUGGAAUUAGACCGACCGACUUCUACGGUAGUUUCUUCAUGUCUAACACCACUGACGUAGAAAUGGCCGCCGUUGAUUGUGAUAAGUGUGUAACAAUCGAAAUAAAGCACGACGAUAAGAUAGACGGAACAGCGGCUUUUUUCCAGGCGGCUGUGUUGUACACCAGCGUUUCUGGCGAGAGGCGCAUAAGAAUUCAUAACCUGUCUCUUGCCACGGCACCGGACUUCCACGCCAUCUACCGUUCUGCCGACAUCUUUGCCGUCGUCAAUUUUCUCGCGAAGCAAGCGGAAAGAACGCAGUUGCAGAAGACUCCUCGUGAGGUGCGCGAAAACCUUGUGACCCGCUGUGCUCAGAUUUUGGCAACCUAUCGCCAGUACUGUUCGCCUGCUUCUAGCAUGGGUCAGUUGGUGCUGCCGGAAACGCUGAAGCUAUUGCCAUUGUUCACUAUCAGCAUAAUCAAGAACGACGCAUUGUCCGGAGGUUCUGAUCUGGCCACCGAUGACCGUGCGUGGCUCAUGCAACUGGUGCCGCCAUUGCGUGUGUUCGACACCGUGUACUUUUUCUACCCUCGACUGUUUUCAGUGAGCGAACUGGACGAUAGUGAUGACUUUCCAGAGUCAGUCCGGUGUUCCUACGAAAACCUCGCCAUUUCAUCCUCUUACAUUCUCGAGAAUGGGGUGCUUAUGUUUCUGUGGAUCGGCUCAGGCAUAGAUUCACAGUGGCUGGAACAAGUUUUUGGGGUCAGCUCCUUAACUCAGCUAAAUUGUGAAAAGAACAUUAUUCCUGAAAAGGAUAACAUCACGUCGAGGCGAUUACGGCGACUGAUCGAUCGGCUUCAGACGAAUCGCCAACGGUGCUUGAAGUUGUUCAUUGUAAAGCAGAAAGACAAGCUGGAACCAUGGUUCCGAAAGUUUCUCAUUGAGGAUAAUUUGGGCGAUAGCGUACCAUCGUACGUGGACUUUCUCUGUCAGAUACACAAGGAAAUCCGCAACAUUUUAAGUUAA